GAAAGUAAUUUAAAAUACAAACGUGGACAAUAACAGCAACAGCGACAGAGGCAGAGGCAGAGGCAGAGACUGAAGCAGCGGCACUGGCAGAGGGGAGCGCAACAGUUGGCUGGAACAAGGGAGCAGCAAACGGCAACAACAAUAACAACAACAGCAACAAUGCAUCAGCCCGCGGCUUGAAGACUUUGCCAGCUCCCGUUUUUCCCUCCCGCAGCAGAGUCGAAGGAGACGAAGCUGAAGCCGAAAAGAGAAGCAAAAACACCUGAUAUUAAUAAUUGGCGAGUAAUUGGCUUGGAAAAGGCAGCGGCUGCACGAUCAUCGGCUGAUCGCGUGUAUAUAUAGCGAGAGAUAUAUAGCGCUUCGAUCCAAAGCUGAUUGAGCCAUGGACUGGGCCGAGGGGGAUCUGGUGUGGUUCGACCCGGGCGUCGGACACCCGAUACCGGGCGAGAUUCAGGAAGUGCAUCGCGCCGCCCAGGUGAUCGUCGUUCAGGCCAUGAUCAAGGGCAAGGCACAAACGUUCGCACUGCAGCCAGGCGAGGGCAGCCUGCGCGCCCGCCAGGACCUGGGCAGCAGCGGCGUGGAGGACAUGACGAUGCUGGACGACCUGCACGAGGCGUCGCUGCUCUGGAAUCUGCGACUGCGCUACGACAAGGGACUGAUCUACACGUUCGCCGGCAGCAUACUCAUUGCGGUCAAUCCGUACAAAAUGUUCCCCGAUGCCUACGGCCUGGAGGUGGCCAAGCAGUACGCCGGACGGCCGCUGGGCGCCCUGCCGCCGCAUCUGUUCGCGAUCGGCGCCGCAGCGCAUGCAGCGCUGCCCUCGCCCCAGGUGGUGGUCAUCUCCGGCGAGUCCGGGUCGGGCAAGACGGAGUCCACGAAGCUGGUGAUGCAGUACCUGGCCGCCGUGGUGCCCGGCGGAGGCAGCGCCUCGGCUGUCAUCACAGAGCAAAUCCUGGAGGCCGCGCCCCUGCUGGAGGCCUUCGGCAACGCGCGCACCGCUCGCAACGACAACAGCUCCAGGUUCGGCAAGUACCUCGAGGUGUACUUCAAGAGCGGCGCCAUCGUGGGCGCCAAGAUAACGCAGUACUUGCUGGAGAAGUCGCGCAUCGUGACCCAGGCGCCUGGGGAGCGCAACUACCACGUCUUCUACGAGAUGCUGGGCGGGCUGAGCGAGGCGGAGCGCGCCAAGUACGGGCUGCUCGAGGCGGACAAGUACUUCUAUCUGAACCAGGGCGCGACGGACUGCGCCAGCGGCCGCGUCGACUGGGCCUCGCUGCUCAGCGCGAUGCAGGUGCUCGGCGUCACCGAGGGCGAGCGCGAGAGCAUUGUGCGGGUGCUGGCUGCGGUGCUCCACCUGGGCAACGUCUACUUCCACCGCCGGCAGCUGCGGCACGGCCAGGAGGGCGUGGAGAUCGGCUCCGACGCCGAGAUCAAGUGGGCCGCCCACCUGCUCCACAUCAGCGCCGAGGGCAUGCACCGUGCGCUGACGAGCCGCACCACCGAGGCGCGGGCCGAGCGUCUGCACACGCCGCUGGGCAUCGACCAGGCCCUGGACGCCAGAGACGCGUUCGCCAAGGCCCUCUACGCCGGCCUCUUCAACUGGCUGGUGUCGCGCAUCAACUCGAUCGUGCAGAAGGGCGGCACCCACGACGCCCACCGCAUCAGCAUCCUGGACAUCUUCGGGUUCGAGGACCUCGCCGAGAACAGCUUCGAGCAGCUGUGCAUCAACUACGCCAACGAGAACCUCCAGCUGUACUUCAACAAGCACGUCUUCAAGCUCGAGCAGGCCGAGUACGCCCGGGAGCGCCUGGAGUGGACGCCGCUCGCCUGGGACGACAACCUGCCGGUGAUACAUCUGCUGGCCAAGAAGCCGGUCGGCAUCUGCCACCUGCUCGACGACGAGUCGAAUUUUCCGCGUGCCACCGACCUGAGCUUCCUCGAGAAAUGCCAUUACAACCACGCGCUGAGCGAGCUGUACGCGCGCCCCCGGAUCGGCGCCCAGGAGUUCGGCAUCACCCACUACGCCGGCCAGGUGUGGUACUGCGUGGACGGAUUCCUGGACAAGAACCGCGACGCGCUGCGCAGCGAUGUGCUCGAGCUGCUGGCCACCAGCCGGCUGCCCCUGGUCAGCGAGCUGACCAAGCAGCUGCGCGCCCAGCGCGACGCCGGCAAGACCCUGCCCAAGGGCAGCAACGGACGCUUCGUCACCAUGAAGCCGCGCACGCCCACUGUGGCCGCCCGGUUCGCAGACUCGCUGCAGCAGCUGCUGCAGUCGAUGGGCCGCUGCCAUCCCUGGUUCGUGCGCUGCAUCAAGCCCAACCAGGAGAAGCAGCCGCUGCGCAUGGACAUGCCCUGCGUGCUGCAGCAGCUGCGCUACCUCGGCAUGCUCGACACCAUCCAGAUACGGCAGCGCGGCUACCCGGUGCGCCUGCGCUUCCAGCACUUUGUCGAGCGCUACCGGCACCUGCUCGGCACGCCCCUGGCCAGGGGCACGCCCUACCGCGAGCUCUGCCGCAUGCUGCUGGAGUCCAUGCCGCGCACCGGCGUGGAGGGGCCCGACUACCAGCUCGGCGCCACGCGCGUCUUCCUGCGCGAGGCGCUGCACCGCUCACUGGAGAGCGGCCGCACCGAGCGCCUGCGCCAGGCGGCGGUCCACAUCCAGCGGCACGUGCGCGGCAUGCUGGUGCGCCGGCAGCUGGCGCGACGCCAGGCGGCUGCCACGCGGCUGCAGGCGCGCUGGCGCGGGCAGCGGCAGCAGCAGCGCUACGAGCGACUGCGUCACGGCGCGCUCACCGCGCAGCGCCUGUGGCGCGGCAAGCAGGCGCGGCGGCGCGUCCAGCAGCUGCGCUCCGACCAUCGGCGCCGGCAGGAGGCGCGCGAGGCGGCGCAGCGGGCGCGCGAGGCCCGCGAGGCCAAGCAGGCGAACCUGGAGCGCAGCCAGCUGAGCUACCUGGACAUACCCGCCGAGCUGGCCUUCAUCUACUCGAAGCUGCAGGGCUGGACGCCGCCGCACAGCGACCGGCACCUGGUCAAGGUGCUGGGCACGGUGCCUGGCCCGCCGCCGGCCAGCGCACAGCUGCCCUCGGACCUGGCCCAGUUCAGCUUUGGCAAGUUCAGCAGCGUCUACUGCAACGGACUGCGGCUGCAGCCGCGCAGGGAGCCCAUAACGGCGCCGCUGUUGACGCGCGCCGCAUCGCGGGACCAGGACUUCCAGGACGCGCUGGCCGUCUUCAAGCUCAUCCUGCGCUGGAGCAGCGACAAGGCGCUGGAGGGCGAGGGCGCCAAGGAGAAGCUGCUCUCGGACUACAUCGUCCACAAGGCGCUCAGCUCGCGCGGCCUGCGCGACGAGAUCCUCGUCCAGCUCUGCAACCAGCUGCACGGCGCCGAGUCCGCCCAGUCGGCGCGCCUCUGGCAGCUGCUGGGCCAGUGCUUGUGCUGCUUCCAGCCGAGCCCGGCGUUCAGCAAGUACCUGCUCAAGUUCGUCACGGACGAGGCGCCGGCCAGCGACCGCCAGAUGCUGCAGCGGCAGCUGCUGCGCCAGCAGAGCAGCCCGUCGGGCGCGGCGGCCUGCCGCAGCUUCGUGCCCGCCUGGCUGGAGUGGCGCGCCCUGUCGCGCGGCUGCGACAUGGCGCUGCCCCUGACCCUGCCCGACGAGGCCACCCAGACGGUGGCCGUCGACUCCUGGACCAGCUGCGAGGAGGCCGCCGCCCUGGCUGUGUCCACCCUGGGUGUGGCCAGCCGCGGCUGGACCCUGGUCCUCGACGACGGCCAGCAGCUGACGGACAGCUGCGGCCUGGACUAUGUCAUGGAUCUGAUUGCCGAGAAGGAGCUGUGCCCCGCCUUUCCGGCCCCGCGCAGCGACUUGCUGCGCUCCGGCGCAAAGUUCGCGCGCACCUCGCUGCCGGAGGCCGUGAAGCGGCCCGGCGUGCCGCCACCCGCACCACCCACCACGGCGGCCAAGCGGGAGCAGCAGAGGGAGCAGGAGGAGCCCGCCCAGCCGCAGCGGCGCAGCAGCCGGGAGCUGCUCUCGCGCAGCUCGGCCCUGAACGAGCGCUACUUCGAGCGCACUGAGGAGCCCAUUACGCCGCAUCUGCUGCCGGGCGCCCAGUCCAAGUCGCGCUCCAAGUCCCUGGAUGAUCUGCUGGCCUCCGACAUGGGCAGCCAGCAGCUGCCGCUGCCCGACAGCGACUCGCAGGAGUCGCCACUGCACACCCUGGCGCUGGGCCUCUCCGAGAGCCGCCUCAACGAUCGCUACCACUCGGCCGAGCGCCUGGCCCCCAUGGGCAAGGAGUCGGCGCCGCGCUAUCAGAAGUCCCAGCACGCCGGACGCCGCUCGCACGCCGCCUCCCAUGGCUCCGCCCACUCCAGCAAGUACAACAUGGACAAGUCGGAGUACGCGACGCGCUCCUCGGCCAUGUCGGACACCAGUGAGGCGCCCUCGCUGGCCUCCCACGUGCGGCGCGUGCGCGUGCCCUCGCAGGCCUCCGAUGUGGAUCAGUUCCUGGACGACCUGUUCAGUCCGGUGCUCGACGGCUCUCUGGACGAGCUGUCCGACGCGCGCUCCCUGGCCGCCAGCAUACGUGGCAGUCGCCGUGCUGAGGAGCAGCCGGCGGGCGGUAGGAAGACGGACCAAGAGAGUCAAGCUGAUCUGGAGGAGUUCAUAGACGAGCUGCUGCUGCUGAAUAGCUCGGAGGAGCUGUCGGAAAUCAAGCACGAUCAGGCAGAACUGGAGGAGUUUAUCGAUGAGCUGCUGCUCUUGAACAAGUCACAGGAUGUGGCGAAGGACAAGGAAGUCGGGCAGCACUCUGCCGAUCUGGAAGGCUUUAUGGACCUCAGCCUGGACAAUGGCUUGGACACACUCGCCUCGCAGCACCAGCUGGUGGCAUGCAUCAAGGGAGGCGGCAGGCGGCAUGAGAAUCUAUCUGCCGAGCAGGACUCCGCCGAUCUGGCGGACUUCCUGGACCUCUCUCUCGAUGAGUCCCUGGACGCACUCGCUUCCCGGGCGCAGCUGGUGGCCAGCAUCAAGGGCGGCGGCAGCACCGAGCACAGCCAAGCAGGAGCCGCAGAUCCACUGAUCCACCAGCUGAUGCAGCUGCCUGGCGGUGAGCCAGACGCCGUGCCCGCCGCCUCGCUCUACCAGCAGCAGGUGCAGCGCGCCUUCCUCCAGUCCGCCAUGGCGCAGAACCUGCAGAUACAGCAGCAGCUGCUCGCCCAGAACCAGGCGCUGCAGACGCUGCUCAGCCAGCAGGCGGCGAACGCCACGACCAGCGCGACUGCCAAUCCCAAUGCGAGCGUCAGCAACGGCACUGGCGGCGGAUCGCCGCCCGCAGCGCCCAUAUCGCCGCCGCCGCCUCUGCGGCUGAAGACAACGACGCUGCUGACGAGCACCAGGUCGAGCAGCCUGGUCAUGGAGGCGACGGCUGGCAUGCAGCCGCCGGCGCCGCCGCCGCCACCACCGAUGCCGCCACCACUGGAGGGCAAGGAUCCGUCGGAGACGCGCCACUUCCUGGACCCGUACGGCCGGGCGAAGACUGUGCGCAUUGGCAAGUGGCGCUGGCCGCCGCCGCAGGGCGAGCCGCAGUUCCAGACCGAGGAGGACUUUUUCGCCUUCAAGCUGCGCCAGCAGCAGCGCAAGACCACGCCCCAGGCGCAGCAGCACACGGCCAUCGAGUGGGAGGAGUUCGAGAUCGAGUCUAGCAAGAGCCCAACGCCGCAGCUGAUGCGCAGCAGCAUUCGACUGGAGAGCAAUGGGCGAGAUGUCCAGGAUGCUGUGCAGCACCAGCACCAGCACCAGCAGCAUCAGCAAAUGCAAGUGAAUCAAACCACAGCGGCUAUCACCACCACAACCACGAUUACAGCCACGAAGCUGGCGAAGAAGAGCUUUGAGAUUGGGGCCGACCGGCCGCCGCCGGGCAGCGUGGGCAAGCUGAAGCUCAGCUCGGAGAUGCGCCAGCGCCUGGAGCAGGUGACCGCGGGCCAUUCGGUGCGCUCGACCGUCUCGAACAAGUCGGACCAGCGGGCGCCGGCCAAGCUGGAGGACACGCGCAAGCUGAUGCUGCAGCAGCAGCUGGGCGGACUCUUCGCUGGCGCCAAUGCGAGCUCCAGCUCCAGCGAGGCCCUGCCCACGGUGCGCACCCAAAUCGAGCGCAUGGAGGGCAAGCUGUCGCCGCCCCCGAUGCCCGUGCCAGCGCCGCCCAGUGCCUGGCCGGGCGUGCUGCUGCCGCCGGCACCGAACGUGCCUGCACCACCGCCGCCCAUAAGGCCGCCCAGCAUGGCGCCGCCGGCGCCGCCGCCAGCGCCGCAGAGUCCGCCCGUGGAGCUGAGCGAGCCCGAGCCCGACUACCGCAAGGAGCACGUGCCGGCAUUCAUACAGCGGCAGGAGCGCGACACGUUCGGCGCCGUCAGGCAGCCCAUGCAGCUGCACCAGCAGCAGCAGCAGAUGCAGCAGCAGCAACAGAUGCACCAGCAGCAGCACCACCACCAGCAGCAGCAACAGCAGCAGCUGUCGUCGUCGUCGCACGCUGUCUGGGAGCAGGAGCUGCAGAGCGAGCGGGAGCGCUCCCGCAGUCGCAGUCGGUCGAGGGACCGCGAGGACUACUCCGAGUCCGUGUGGGAUCGUGCCGAGGUGGAGGGCCCCGCCUCGGGCAGCGGCAGCGAAAAGGAGCGCGAGAAGCGGGACCGGGAGCGCGAACGGCUCUACGAGCUGCGGCAGGUGGAGCGCGAGAAGGAGAGCCACAAGGUCUAUCAGCCGGCGCCGCCAAGAGUGAUUCAAGCCAGCAUGGACAACACGGGCGCCAAGCUCAGAGAGAGGGAGAGGGAGAGAGAGAGGGAGCGAGAGAGAGAGCGCGAGAGGGAGCGAGAGAGGGAGCGCGAGAGAGAGAGGGAGUCGCUUGCCUCAACGCCCGCUACAUUCCGGACGCACAUGGCCCAGAAAUACGAGCACGAGCGCAAGCGCAAGAGCUCCGCCAGCUCGGCGCGCGAAGAGUCCAUCGACUCCAGCCUGCCGGCCGUGGUGGUGCCCGCCCCAGUGCCACCGCCGCCAGCCGCCGUGACGCCGGCGGCCAGCCCGUCGAGUAGCACGGUCAGCGCCUGCCUCACCUACAACCGGGUGCCAUGGAAGCUGCGCGUGCGCAAGGAGGUCUUCCAGCCGCACGAGCCCAUCGGGCCGCCGGUCGCCCUGGACCUGCUGUUCGCUCAGGUGCUGAGCGACGUGUUCGGCGUCACGCCCUGCCUGCGCAUCACGCCCCAGGAGAAGAACGCCGCCCUCAAUAUGCUGCACGGGCACGGCGUGAGCGUGGACACGCUGGCGGCGCGCGGGCAGCAGGUGCGCGCCCUGGUCAAGCGCCAUCUCGUGGACAUGGCCCGCGACUGGCCCCUCUACUUCGCUAGACUCUUUGCGGUCCAGGGCGCGCCGCUCUACCCGGAUGUCUCCAUCAUGGGCGUCUCGCACAGCGGCCUCUAUCUGGCCAGGCGCGACGCCGACUACCUGAUUGUCGUCCAGGCUAUAUCCUUUGCCGAAAUACAGAACGCUGUCACCCUGCCACGCCCAGCCGCCCUGCAGCUCAACCUGCGCAACGGCAAGCACCUGGCGCUGCACGCGACUCGGGCUGCGGCCAUCCAGACGAUGAUCACAUCCUUUGUGCAGGAGUUCCGAAAGUCACAAUCGAAGGCGUCGACGCUGUCGUCGGGCGCACGCGCCGCUGCGCAAACGCUGAACGUGCCGUUAGAGCGUCUGGAGGCCCGACAGGCUGGCCGCAACGAGCACGCCCACUCCAAUGGCCAGGACGAGCAGCAGCAACAGCAGGCGGAGCUGCAUCAUCAUCAGCAGCAGCAACAGCACCAGCAGCAGCAGCAGCUGGACGAUGCUGCCGAGGAGCACCAGCAGCAGCAGCAACACCAGCAGCAGCAGCUGGCCGAUCAGCAGCGGUUCAUGAAGCAGCAAAGCUAUCUGCAUUCGGCACGCAAGUCGAAUGCCGGCCAGCAGCCCAGCUCCCUGACCAAUGGCCACCAGCAACAACAACAGCAGCAGCAACACCAGCAACACCAGCAACAACAACAGCAACAGGCAUCGCAUCAUGACUUAGAUGGCAACUAUAUGCUGCAGGAGGAGCUCAAUGGCAGCGGCACGCCCCCAUCCGUUACCAAGUACUCACUGCUGCAGUUCGCCAUGCAGCACUUCCGCAACGAUCAAUUACGCGAUGCCGAUCGCCAUCAUGAACGCCACCAAUCGUCGUCGGCUGCGAACCGCUCCUAUGCGGAGCUGGUCAAGUGGCAAGGCCACGCCAUACGCCUGCCCCUGCUGCGCCUGCCCAACGACCUGGCGCCACUGGCGCUGGAGUGCUUCGACUGCAUAUUGCGCUACUGCGGCGACAUACCGCUCGAUCCAGAGCUCACCGAGGUGAAGUGUGUCUACACCGUGCUGAUGCACUGUCACAAGUACUUGGCGCUGCGGGACGAGGUCUACUGCCAGCUGAUGAAGCAGACGACGGCGAAUCGCUCGCCCUGCCCGGACAGCUCGCAGCGUGCGUGGCGCCUGCUGAGCAUCUUGGCCGCCUACUUUGGCUGCUCGGACGCACUGCGUCCGUACCUGAUGGAGCACUUGACAUCCGCUGCCUCCGACCGGCGUCGCUCGUGCCAUGGCACUGCCGCCGUCUGCCUGACCAAUCUGCGCAAAACGGCUCGCUGUGGCGGCCGCAAGAACGUGCCCAGCGUGGAGGAGGUGACAGCCGUCUCGGCCGGCCGCUCGGCGCGCAGACAGAUCUACCGCCUGCCCGGAGGCGCCGAGCGUGUGGUGAACACCCGCUGCUCCACUGUGGUGGCCGAUGUCAUUGCCGAGCUGUGCGCCCUGCUGGGCGUUGAGUCGGAGGCCGAGCAGCAGGAGUUCUCCCUGUACUGCAUCGUGCAAGGCGACGCCUUCACCAUGCCCCUGGCCGCCGACGAGUACAUCUUGGACGUGACCACCGAGCUGCUAAAGUCCGGUCAGCCCUUCUAUUUGAUAUUCUGCCGCAGCGUCUGGCACUUCGCCCUGAAGCGCGAGCCGGCGCCAAUGCCGCUCUAUGUGGAGGUGCUCUUCAACCAGGUGGCGCCCGACUAUCUCGAGGGCCUGCUGCUCGAGCUGCCCGGCAACGGGGUGCCGAUGCCGGAGAUGGUGCGCGACAUGGCGCGCAUCGCUGCGCUGCUCCACCGCGCCGCCGACCUGAGCCAUGUGCCAGCCAUGAAGGAGAUCAAGUUUCUGUUGCCCAAGCCAGCGUUGGGCAUACGUGAGAUUCGUCCGGCCCAGUGGGUCGGACUGGUGCAGUCCGCUUGGCCGCAGGUGGCCAAUCUCAGCCCGGGCCAGGUGAAGGCCCAGUUUCUAAACGUGCUCGCCACCUGGCCCCUGUUCGGCAGCAGUUUCUUUGCGGUGAAACGCAUCUGGGCCGAGGAGGCGGGCCCCCAUGUCGAGGACAAUCACAGUCCCAUGUGGCGAGAUCUGAUAUUGGCCUUGAAUAGACGCGGAGUGCUAUUCUUGGAUCCAAACACACACGAGACCCUGCAGCACUGGAGCUUCAUGGAGGUCAUAUCGACGCGCAAGGUUCGCUCAGAGGAUGGCGCCCUCUUUCUGGACAUGAAGGUUGGCAAUUUGAUGCAGCAGCGCGUUAUACGAGUGCAAACGGAGCAGGCGCACGAGAUCUCUCGGCUGGUGCGUCAGUAUAUAACCAUGGCACAGAUCAGUCAGCGCGACAAGCGGGAGCUCAACUAGAACGCAACGAACAUUACGAAUAUACAUAUGCAGACAUACAUCAAUAUAUAUAUCUAUAUAUAUCUUGAUUAUUAUUAAAAUAAAGUCCACAAU